AUCACCGGAGAAGAAGGAAUGAAUGAAUCUGGAGAGAUCCCUCUAGCAUUCAGUGUAGAGUCCAUCACCGUCACUAAUAAUAAAGUUCCUCAGCUCAGCUGGCAUGUGAUAUGAUAUGAUACUCUCUCAAUUCUCAUCAUUUCCUUUCCUGAAACCUUAAUCUUCCAUUCCCAAUCCCAACCAAACUCGCCUUUUUCUCUGUUCGACUUCAAUUAACUGACCCACCACCACGCCACAUACAUACUCUGUCUAUGCUCUUCUUAAUUUGUUUAUUGUUAUCAUACAAAGUUUGUAGUAGAACAACAACAACUACUUGAAGCAGUUAUAGCCGUAGUUCCAGUUCUGCUGUGUGUCUCAACUCAAAAAGAAAAGUUAGCUAUGUUAUGUACAUCAAGUGCCCAUCAUCAUUACCAUAAUUCACAAACCUCCCUUUCUCUCUCUCUCUCUCCUUAAAAAAAGCAGAUUACUUUGCCUGCUAUUCCGUGCAAUUUCCCCCUUCUAAUUUGACUUUGCAUCCCCACAAAAACCAUAUCUUUUAAUACCAUACCAUAUGGCAAAAGAGCAAAACCAGGGCAAAGGCCAAGAGAGGGAAUUGGAACUCGAAAGUGACGAGUCUCAGGCUGAGAUUGAAGCCCCAUUGCCUCUCACUGUGACUUCUCGGGUUUUGUAUAUGUUGGGAGAUAUCACUGCAGGGCCUGCGUUUAGGUUCACGCAAUGGCUCCAAUUGGUUCGUAAACGCACCGCAAAGUAUCGUUCUUCUGGCUUCCCUCACCGCACUUCCACCACCAUGCCUUCUAGCUCUUGCAUCAGAGAAUCGUUGGAGAAUUCAAAAUUGGACCUGCAUCCUGAUCAGACAGAAAUUAGCUUGUGGGAGAGGCUUGGGAAGGCUGCAAUGUUGGACAUUGAAUCUGGCUCCUUUUCCUGGGACAUGCUCUCUUCACUGCACCACACUGAACACAGCAGUAGCAAUGAACAUUCCGAGGAUGAGAUGAACAAAGCUCUCGAGGUAACUGUAAAUUCUGGAGGAGUUGUCUUCUUUGCCUUUUUCAAUAUCUCUGGAAAUGCUGAUGCUUGCCCAAAAGAAGCAGCAGCUGUUAUAAAGAUAGCAUCAUCAAGAAUGGCAACACAGUCUGAACGCCUUGGCUAUGAAUUUGCCAAGUGGAUGGGAGUCCAAACUCCACAGAUGCAGGGUAGAGUCAUUCACAAUACCUGUUUAGAAUGGCAACAAAUAAAGGAGGCUGCAGAAAAAGCUAGAGAAGCAGCAAAUUCUGAGGGUGAUGAAAUUGGUGAAGUGACAUGUUUUGAACUUUUGGAAGCACUUGAGCUUAGCCGAUGUCUAUUUUUUAUGAGUUAUGUACAUGGUUCACCCUUGCUUGAAAAUUCCAGUGCAUUUGAGUCAAGGGAAUCUGCAGAAAGAACAUCAGAAGCUCUUGGCAGGGUACUGAUGUUGGACCUUGUCAUCAGAAACGAAGAUAGACUUCCUUGCCAUGAGCUUAAAUGGCGAGGAAAUCCUGCAAAUUUGUUGUUGGCUGGAAAGAAUAUCUGUGCAAAUACAGAUGCACUAGAAUCAGCUUUUGAUUCUGCAGUUAACCGAUAUAGACCAAAGGUGAUCAGGGCAUUUCAGAAAGAAAGAAGGUCAACUUCAGUAGAUUGCAGACUCAAUUCUCAUAAUCCCGGCUUGAUAUCACAAUCUUAUGAUCUCUCAGACAUCACAGAAUCACCAAGAUCUGCUGACAUGAGCUUUCAAACAUCAGGAGAAUCACUGUCUCCCGACUUUAACAUUGUAGCUAUUGAUUCUGGUGUUCCUUGGCGACCUCCUGCUGGAAAACGUGCAAAUGAUCAGGUUAAUUAUCCUAAGUUGGUUGAGUUGCUGGUCAAUAGUUCUGAAUUUGCCUCUAACCUGUUAUAUGAUAUAACUGGGGGGAAAUUAGGAUGUCCCCCACCGGAAGACAUGGAAAAAACUUAUGUACAUACAAGUGACACAAUGUUUGUAGUUCACGCAUUCCGUAAUGGUUUCCGUGCUGCUCUUAGAGAUCUGCAGGGAUUCCAUAUAUUCCUACUCACACUUCACCAAAGACUUGAUACUUUGUUACGAUCAUUUAUGAACAUUAUUAGCAAAAUAUCUUUGGGGGAAUUUGACAAAGAAGAUUCUGUGGUUCCUGACUCACUUUCACUGACUGCUGGCGGGAGUUGUUCCUCUCCAACAUGUAAGGAAAGGCUUGCUAAUGAUAACCAUCAAGAUUUUAUUGAUUCAGAAUCACAGAGAACUGCUUCAAGAGCUUCAUCUUCAGGCAAUAGAGAUUGCAGUGACUCUACUCCUAUGUCAAGAGAAACUUGGCAUGGAAAGUUCUAUAAAGGAAAUGGGGAACCACUUCGUAGUCUCCGUUUGACUGCUAAGCUCCGUGACUUCCAUAAAUUUGCCAAGGUUGAUGCUGAAUCCAGUAAAGAAUUGGAACAGUGGAAUGAAAUGCUUAAAAGCGAUGCCAUCAAACUAUGCCAGGAGAACAAUUUCAACCCAGGAUUUUUUGAGGGUAGUGAUAAUAACUGUGUCGUUGAUGCAUAUGAACUUAAGGUUAGACUUGAGCAUAUUCUCGAGAGAAUUGCAUUGAUAUCAGAUGCUGCAAGUACUGAGAAACCUUCAGCAGUGACAAGUAGUCUGUUCAUUGGUGGAGCACUGGCUGCAAGAUCUGUAUACACACUGCAAUACUUGGGAAUCACAAAUAUUUUGUGUUUGUGUACCAAUGAAAUUGGACAGUCAGAAACUCAGUAUCCUGAUCUAUUUGAGUACAAGAAUUUCUCUGUAUGUGACAGUGAUGAUUAUAACAUCAGCAGCAUAUUUGAAGAAGCGUGUGAUCUUAUAGACUUUGUUGAACAAACAGGUCAAAAAGUUUUAGUUCAUUGCUUUGAGGGGAGAAGCAGAAGUGUCACGUUGGUCCUCGCUUACUUAAUGCUCAGGAAGAAGUAUACUUUAUCACAAGCAUGGCAAGCUUUGAAACGAGUUCACCGUCGAGCACAACCCAAUGAUGGUUUUGCAAAGAUCUUGUUAGAACUGGAUCAGAAACUACAUGGAAAGGUUUCGAUGGAAUGGCAUCAGCGGAAACCAGUGAUGAAAGUCUGCCCCAUAUGUGGGAAUAAUGCUGGACUAAGCAGCAGCUCACUCAAACUACAUCUGCAGAAAUCACAUAGAAAGCUAUCAUCUGGGAGUGUAGAUAGUGCCAUGACUAUGGAAAUCCAGAAAGCAUUAACAGCUUUGAAGAUUAGCCGUGGUGGGAGUGUCAGCCCCACACAAAGAUCAUCUCAUCCACUGAUAGAUCAAUAGAAACUGCAAAUUUAUAGAUUUUGUGCAUUCAAGUAUCAGCAGGUUAGAAAAUUGAGUGUUUUUGGUGGUGCAUUAAAAACAAAUCGAUUAAGUUUCUGCCUUUAUAAUGAAGCAACAAUUUAUCACUUCCAAAA